AUGGCAGAGUUCAGUGCAGCUCGGUGGCCGAGGUCGCAGUCGCCCUGGAGCCCCCUGCGGAGGGCCACGGGGCCUGGGAGGAGCCGAGGCCGCGCGCCCGUGCGCGCGCGGCGCCUCCGCGCGGCCAGCGGCGGGGAGCGAGGGGUGCUCUUCGCGGCGCUGGCUUGUGACGGCGGCGACGGUUGCGACGAGGACGAGCCCGAGGGUAACGCCCCGGUAAAGGCCGAAGCGGUGGUGGCUGCACCGCGAGGCAACGGCCCUGCUGAGCGCCACGGUGGCGAUGACGACGAGCUGCAGGCCGAGGCCAUGGCGCGGGCGGCAGCAGACCGGCAGCGGAUGGUAGCCGAGCAGUCCGAGGAGAAGCAGGGCUCGGAGGGCGCCGUCGAGCUCGUGCAAGGCGGCGCGAUGCUGCUACCGAAGGCGCCCGAGGGCGCAACGAGGGAAGACUUCGUCGAGGCGAAGUCCGAGGGCGGUAUGGGCGAGCCUGUGGUGGACGGCGAGAAGGCGGUCGACGCGCCCGCCGUGGCGGAGCGCGAGGGGGAGGUCGACGAGUCCGUGGUGGUUGAGGGCCACCUGGGCAACGACGGGGGCGGCAUCGGGACGCAGGCAGAGGGCGCUGCGGUGCCGUCUCUGCCCAAGGCGCCGCCUGGUUGUGCAGGUGGGGCCGGCGAGUACGUGGUGGUUGUCGAGACGAAGAGGACCGAUAAAGAUGGGGCGCCGAGGAGGGGGAGGACUCGGGCCCAGAGACGGGCUGCCCAGGCCGUGGGGACGGCGGAGCCCUACGAAGGGGUGCGCGCGGGCGCCCCCAGGCCGCGACUGUGA